AUGAGAUACAUUAUGCAUUAUAUUUGCGGCAACAGCAACAGCAGCAGCAGCAGCAACAGCAGCAACAAGAGCAACAGCAACAACAGCAACAACAGCAACAGCAGCAACAGCAGCAACAGCAGCAACAGCAACAGCAACAGCAACAGCAGCAACAACAGCAACAGCAGCAACAACAGCAACAGCAGCAACAGCAGCAACAACAGCAGCACGCAACAGCAGCAACAACAGCAACAGCAGCAACAGCAGCAACAACAGCAGCACCAACCGCAACCGCAACCGCAACAGCAACAUCAGCAACAGCAACAGCAACAUCAGCAACAGCAACAGCAACAUCAGCAACAGCAACAGCAACAUCAGCAACAGCAACAGCAACAGCAGCAGCAGCAGGAGCAGCAGCAGCAGCAGCAGCAGCAGCAGCAGCAGCAGCAGCAGCAGCACAUACCUUGA